AUGUAUCCUCAUGCAGCAUACUCUCGCUCCACAGUCACAUCCCAGCUCGAGCUGGUACCAUCUCCCGAAACACCUCCAGUUCGCUGGUCUUCGGUGAUUGACCCAACUAUACCUGACAGCCUCCCACCAGAAGCACACCCAAUCCACAUCACGGUGCAGGCGGGUGAGACAUUGUAUCUCCCUGCAGGCUGGUGGCACUACGUUCGACAAUCGGACAUCACGAUAGCCCUCAACUUCUGGUACGAUAUGGAGGGUCAGGGAAUGUCUUGGGUUUGGCUCAAUUUCCUGCGGGGUUUACGAGAACCGCCGCCCGGCAAUGUGUCCGGCGAGUCACAGGAAUUGUAA